GGGCAGGAAGCUGGAGACCGGCGGUGGCCUGCGGAAAGGGGUUGGGCUCCCCUGUCCCAUCCUAGGGUCCUCUCUAGGGCGGGGGCAGCGGAGAAACGAAAGGGGCCUGGCCGGUUCCGCCCCCGGGCCCUCUGCUUCCCCUAGGGCCCGCGGGUUAACUCGGAGUUCCUGGCCGCCUUCUCCGGGAGCCAGCGCGUGCCUCCCGCCGCGCCCGCUCGCUCCCCUUGGCCACCGCGCCCGUUUGUGUCCUUGAGGUCUUUUUGCCCGGUGGACAUUGGGUGCUGUGGCCGGCAGGGCGAGCUGAGGACCGCGGGCGCCUCGGGCACAGGCAGCAGAGGAGGACCGUGUGGCGAGAGGGCCAACUCGGCGGCCCGAGCGCGGCUGGCAGGGGCAGUCGGGCAUCCUGCCUGAAGGGGUAUCUGGGAAAGAACUAAAGAUCUCCUUAUCUAUGAGAUUUGUUGUGCUGGACACCAGGGAAAGCCAUGUCUGGUUUUGUCGGCCGAGGUUGUGAAUGCUGGGAUGCACUGACCGUUUGCGCACGUCCUGUAACGGGCCUUGCCGAGCGUUCACCAUCCGCUGGUCACCUGUACCUUGUUUGUGCACGACAUAAAAGCUGUGCUCGCUUCCCCGUCGUGUCGUGGAGCGGUGUGCACUGGGACGUCGCCUCUGAUGGGAAGCCGUGGGAAACUGGAGCUUCGAGCCGGGGCCUCUGCGACUAGAGACCUCCGCUCCGAGGCCGCCGGGGUCCAGGUGCACUGGCGGUGCCUGCGGCCCCUGCCCUGCCCUGCCCUGCCCUGCCCAGCAGGAAAGCUUUCCUUGGCUGACACUUUAAAGGAAAAUCAUAGUCUCUGGAAGAAGCCCUCAGUUACAAUGGGGAACGUUUUUGAGAAGCUGUUUAAAAGUCUCUUUGGAAAAAAAGAAAUGCGGAUUCUUAUGGUGGGCUUGGAUGCAGCUGGGAAGACCACCAUCUUGUAUAAACUGAAGCUGGGUGAGAUCGUGACAACCAUCCCCACGAUAGGUUUCAAUGUGGAGACGGUAGAAUAUAAAAACAUCAGCUUCACAGUCUGGGAUGUCGGUGGCCAAGACAAAAUCAGACCUCUGUGGCGACAUUAUUUCCAGAACACCCAAGGUGCAGGGGCCCAAGGCCUUGGGCCAUCUUCCACUGCUUUCCCAGGCCAUAGCAGAGAGCUGGAUCGGAAGAGGAGCAGCCAGGACUUGAACCAGCGCCCAUAUGGGAUGUCAGCACUGCAAGCGGCGGCUUUACCCUCUACGCCACGGCGUCAGCCCCUAUUUAUCCUUUUGUGUCUGGCAUCUUCCAGGAUAAUGUUGUCAAGGUGUGGCAUGCAUCAGAACUUUGUUCGUUUUAUGGCUAUGUAAUACUCCAUUGUGUGGCAAUGCCGCAUGCAUGUAGCCAUUCAUCUACGAGUGGACACUUGGUUAUUUGCCCUUUGCCUAUUGGGAAUAAUGCUCCUGUGGACACUUGUGUCUGAGAAUCUCAGUCCUCCUUUUCAUUUUUUGGGGUGUACAGGUAGAAGUAGAGUUGCUGGGUAACUCUGUUUUUGUUUUACGGCAGUGAAAUGUAAAGUUUGCCAUCAUAGCCAUUUGUAGGUGUACAGCUCCGUGGUGUUGCGUGCUGAUAAUGCCGCACAGCCACAGCCGCCAUCCGUCUCCGGAACUCUGCGUCCUGUGAAACUGAAGCUGUGCAGGAAGCAGUAACUCCUCAUCUUCACCCGCCACGCUCCCGCCAGCCACUCGGUUUGUCCCAGUGUCAGUGCCGCCAGAUGGGUCCAGAUGGUGGGAGCCUGGUUCUGCCAGAUAAGUUCCCGUCAGCUCUUGUGGCGAGGCUGUGCCGUCGGGAGUUACACGUUGGCGGCUUUCUGAAUGUUGUUCCUUUUGCGUGUCUUAGCUAAAAUCCUUCUCAGCAAGGAAUUCCCUCAUCAAAUAUUUGUGCUAGAGAGGCAGAGAAAAUCCCUUCUUUUCUUUCCCUGUAUUGAUUUUCUUUUUUUUUUUAAGAUUUUUAUUUAUUUAUUUGAGAAGUAGAAUUACAGUGAGAGGCAGAGACAAAAAAAGGUCUUCCAUCCGCUGUUUCACUCCCCAGAUGGCCACAGUGGCCAGAGCUGAGCUGAUCCGAAGCCAGGAACCAGGAGCUUUCUUCAGGUCUCCCAUGUGGGUGCAGGGGUCCAAGCACUUGGGCCAUCUUCUACUGCUUUCCCAGGCCAUAGCAGAGAGCUGGGUCGGAAGAAGAGCAGCCGGGACUAGAACCAGCGUCCCUAUGGGAUGCUGGUGCCACAGGUGGAGGAUUAACCUACUAUGCCACAGCGCCGGCCCACCCUAUAUUGAUUUCCUCUACUGGAUACCCUCGCGACUUCCCUGGUGGUGCUUAGGUUUUUAUCUCUCAGUGUUUCUGUCCAUUGUGGCUGAUUGUUUCAGUAGCCAGAGUGGCCGUUUGUCCUGGAUUGGAUCCUGCACCCUGGCUGGGCCACUGUGCUUUCUCACCGGUGGCAGGACAGGAACACGGGGGCUCUCCCCACCCUGCCGUGGAACUCUGGGAGGGUCAGGCAGUCUCUUCUGUCUCUGUGCCUGCCUCUUACAGUGGAGGUGUGAGUGCUGCCUGCAGGUCUAGCGUUACAGAUCCCUUUGUAAUACAAAUGCCUCGUUUCGUGUCUGCAAGGUAGUAUAUAGGCAGACAGCAGCCCAGCUUGUAUGAGAUUUUAUCUCCCCAUCCUCUGGUGGGAUGCCGUGUUUCCCCUGUCGAGUUUUCCCACUGUGACACCGAGCUGGAGUGCCGUUCUGUCUUCAGUCUCCUGCUGGAACAAGCCCGUGUUGCCGUGAUGGCAGAGCUGGCUGUGUUCCAGGGCCGUGGGCUGGGUAAUUUGGAGCCUGUGAAACAGCAAGCGGGAGCCCUUUGAAGAAUGCAUUUGCUGCGUGGGGCUGGACCACAUGGCGCAGCCACGAAUAGCCCUGGGUGCUGCCACUGUUUCAUCUGCCAACCCCCGAAAGGUCAGGCUGUCUUUUCAUUUGAAUUUUAUUCAUCAGUGUGUUGACUGUGAGAACUUAAUGAAUGUUUUUAGCUCUCUAUUAAGACAUUUAAGUGUGUAGGUUUCACUUGUAUAGAUUGGAAUUUGACUGUUUAUGUGAUUUUUUUUAAAUUAAUACAGUAAAUAGAAUGCAUUUAACAGUCCAUUAGUUCUCAUGUAUAGAGAUUUUUUUUCUCCUUGACUGAAUGUUCAGUUAUUUUAAUUUGUUGAAUGGCAAUGUAAUCUGCGUAGUUUAAAAUUCAAAAAUUAGAUUGUCCCUAACCACUCAGUUUUCUUCCCAUAGAUGACCCUUCUCUUUUUUUCUUUUAAGUUGGGAUUGGGCGAUAAAGAUUAGUAUUUAAUUUUUUUUUAAAACUUAUGUAAAAGGCAGAGAGAGAGAGAGAGAUCAAUCUUCCAUCCACUCGUUCACUCCCCAAAUGCCUGCAGUGGCCAGGACUGGACCAGCCUGAAGCUAGGGGCCAGAAACUCCAUUCCGGUCUCCAUGUGGGUGGCAGGGACCAAGUAGCUGGGCCCUCAUCAGCUGCCUCCAGGAUGCACAUUAGCAGGAAGCUGGGUUGGGAGCUGACCGAAUCCCAGGCAUUCUGAUACGGAACACGGAACAUGGCUGUUCCAACUGGUGGCUUAACCCACUUUGCCACAACGCCCUCCCCUAGGGGACCACUUUGGUUUGUUGUGUGUCUGUCGCGUCCUUGGGGGGUGCUGCUUCCCCUGGUCUGUGAACUUGUUGCUUAGUAGGAAAAUAAAGAAGAAAAGCUGAAAAAGUACAAAAGCUGAAGUGAAUUUAUUUGUAAUAAGGGACAAAAGCUCCCCAUGCAGAUGAGGGGCCCGGAGCUGGGAGUCCAUUGCCCCCAUGGGCUGGUCUCUGUUAAUGUUAUUUCUUUUUUUUUUUUUUUUUUUUUUUUGACAGGCAGAGUGGACAGUGAGAGAGAGAGAGACAGAGAGAAAGGUCUUCCAAUGUUAUUUCUUUCUCCAUCCCAGCUUAUCUGUGACGUACUGGCCUUCACCUAGUGCACACAGUAGGGGUCAUGUUUGGGUUGGCUCUGCCACCUCUGUCCCUGAGCGAGGAAGGGGUGGGGUCUGUGAUUGGAUCCCCUGGAGGGGUAGAAUUUCCUGGAAUUCUCUCAGGGUCUACUGUUUUCUUCUAACCCUGCCUCAGAGGCCCCCUGUGCUUACAUGUCCAAGUGCUGUGCACACACACAAGCGACUGCAGGUGUGUGUACACCUGUGUUCUUUCCCCUUUAGAAAACAUUGCACGGGUGAGGGUCCUAUCGUGGGGCCUGGUGGCGAAGGGGUUCCAGGUCAGCCUCAGCCCGCUCCGCUUGGCAGGGCUUGCCGUGAGUCUCUGUGUCAUCUGGCUGGCUUAUUCGUGAUCAAGGCUGGAACUGCUGACAGCACGUGAAACCUUUAGGGGAGUUUUGAACGUUUUGCAGUUUUUCAUUUCAUGGGUUGAACGGGCGUGACUUUGCCAGGGUAGGCUGUCGGGAGCCGGGGGGUGGGGGGCUGGAAGCACAGGGAAGAGCAGAGGGUCAGCGCUGGCCCUCUCAGAGACUCGGGGAAGCCUCGGGUCAGAGCGUCCCUUCCGCGGUGUCCCCACAAGCUGGCUCCAGCAGGACACUGGUGCGUCCAGGACAGGAGCUCUGCCGGCUGCUUUGUUUUUUCCCCAAGGAAACCUUUUAUUUAAGGAAUACAAACUCCAUGUGUAAGUACUUUAGGAAUAUAGUGAUUCUUCCCACCACCCCCACUCCCACCUCUCCUUCUCCCUCUCCCACUCCCAGUCCCAUUCUCCACUAAGAUCCAUUUUCAAUUAACUUUAUACACAGCAGACCAACUCUAUGCUAAAUAAAAAGUUCAAAACUUGGCACAAAAAAAAAAAAAAAAAAAAAAACCUGUUCCUCGGCAGUCGAGACAAGGGCUGUUCAAAGUCAUUUCAUCUUGAAGUAAUUUCACUUUUUUUUUUUUUUUUUAGAAACUUAAUUAACUUUAAAGAGGCACCCGAGAAUGAUACAUCUUUUGUGAGCACUUAGACGUAAUUAUAAUAGAACUCUUUGAGGACAGAGGUCCUGCAUGGGAAGUUGGUGCACAGUGACUCCUGUUGUUAAUUCAACAAUUAACACUCUUAUGUAUGUAUGAUGUCAGUGAUCACCUGAGGCUCUUUUUUUUUUAAGAUUUAUUUAUUUUUUACCUUAGAGAGUUACACAGAGAGAGGAGAGGCAGAGAGAGAGAGGUGUUCCAUCCAAUAGUUCACUCCCCAGUUGGCCACAACGGCCGGAGCUACACCGAUCUGAAGCCAGGAGCCGGAGCUUCUUCUGGGUCUCCCACGUGGGUGCAGGGGCCCAAGGACAUGGGCCAUCUUCUACUGCUAUCCUAGGCUAUAGCAGAGAGCUGGAUCAGAAGUGGAGCAGCCAGGACUAGAACUGGCGCCCACAUGGGAUGCCGGCGCUUCAGGCCAGGGCGUUAAUCCGCUGUACCACAGCGCCAGCCCCAAAUCACCUGAGGCUCUUGACAUGAGCUGCCUAGGCUAUGGAAGCCUUUUGAAUCCACAAACUCUGUCAGUAUUUAGACAAAGCCAUAAGCAAAGUAGAAGUUCUUUCCUCCCUUCAGAGAAAAGUACCUUCUCCUUUGAUGGCCACUUCUUUCCUCCGGGGUCUCACCCACCAAGUGCUGACUUCUUUAUUAUGCUGACUUCCUGUAGCUUUUACCCACCGCUCUUUAGCCUCCGUUAUCGAACUCUAUUGCAGAUCCCCAAACGUUCACAGAAAAUGCCUUUUAUGAAAAAUACUAUACAUAACAGAUGGAGCUAGACAGUGAGAGAGAGAGAGAGAGACAGAGAGAAAGGUCUUCCUUCCAUUGGUUCACCUCCCAAAUGGCCGCCAUGGCCGGUGCUGCCCCGAUCCGAAGCCAGGAGCCAGGUGCUUCCUCCUGGUCUCCCAUGUGGGUGCAGGGCCCAAGCACUUGGGCCAUCCUCCACUGCCCUCCCGGGCCACAGCAGAGAGCUGGACUGGAAGAGGAGUAGUUGAGACUAGAACACGGCGCCAGCUCUAUGCAUGGAUGUUAAAAAUUUUUGCUCAAAUAGACUUAUCUUUUGAUUCCAUUGUCCACAAACUUUUUGAAGUCUCCUCAUAUAAACGGCUGCUCUUCUCGGGUCCCAGAUACUCACACAGUUGUCAUUUCU